CGUCCACUCGGAGGCUCGCUCGCUUGCCCUUCGUCUCGCGGUCAGGUCGCGGAAGAGGAAGCCGAGGCCGAGUUCCGCCUUUGCUUUUUCUGUCCUUCGGCCGGUCGGCUCGGACGACGGCGCGAUGACGGCGGCGGCCGUGCUGCUUGACCUGGCGCACAGCUGCGGCUGCGGCUGCGCCGAGCGGCUGCUCCGCCAGGAGGCCGCCGCCGACGCCGACGCGCGCGCGGUCCUCAUCGUGCUGUGCGCCGGCGACGCGACGGACGCUGCGGACGCCGCCCUCGGCGCCUGGAGCGGCGGGAGCGCGCGCGUCCUGGCGGACUGGCGCGCCACGGCCGCGUGCGCCUACCGCCUGAAGCGGGCGGCGGACGAGGCGGGCGCGCUCUCGCUGCGCGUCAUCACCAGCCCGCGGGGACGCGGGCGGCUGCUGGCCUACGAGCGCGCGCUCUUCACGCCGCUCUACACCUUCACGUACCGGCUGGGCUGCGGCGCCGAGGCGCCGCCCGUCCGAGAGGCGGACGGCGACGUCGCGGCCAUGCUGCGGGCCUUGCCGGCGGUGGGCGGGGCCGUCCGCCUGCUGACCUCGUCGCUCAUCCCGGACUGCUUCGGCCACGGCUUCAGCACACGCGUCGGCGGCGUGUCCCUUGUGCCCACCUUGUCCUCGUUGAACCUGUUCAGCAGCCCCCGCCGCCGAGACUCCGGCGCCCUGGUCCAGGAGAACCGGCGCCGUCUGGCGCUUCACGCCGGCUUCUACCCGCGCCCGCUCCAGAUGCUCAAGGUGGAGCACGGCGACCGCGUGUGGGUGUUGGGCAAAGCCGAGCCGGAGCGCUACGACGCGGCGGUGACGGACCGGCCCGGCGCGGUCCUGGCGGCGCCGGGCGCCGACUGCGUCCCCUUGCUCUUUGCCGAUCCCGUGGCCAAAGCGGUGGGCGUCGCUCACGCAGGCUGGAGGGGAACGCUGCUGGGCGUGGCGGCGGCGACGGUGUCGGCCAUGACGACGGAGCUGGGCUGCGCUCGCGCCGACAUCCUGGUGGUCUUGGGGCCCUCGGUGGGCCCGUGCUGCUUCUCGCUGGAGCCGGAACAGGCGGCCCGCUUCCCACCCGAAUGCGUGCGGCGGGCGCGGGGGCGCAGGCCCGAGGUCGACCUGCGGCUGGCCAACAGGCGGCAGCUGGAGGAGGCGGGCAUCCCGCCGCACCACAUCCGGGACGACUCCAGCGUGGCGCCGUGCACGUCGUGCCACCCGCGAGACUUCUUCUCGCACGUGCGGGACGGAGCCCAGUUCGGCACCCAGGCGGGCUUCGUGUGGAUCAAGGAGGAGGCGGGGGCGCCGACCCCAAAGCCUCCUUCGGGGUCGGGAGCCUCCUAGUCUCCGGUGAGCGACCGGAAAUCGCAAAUCGCUCA